AUGACCCCCGUCAACUCGUAUAACGCUCAGUGCGACAUCGACGAGAUCCGACGCGGACAGACGGGCAACAAGAACCUCGAAGUGACCAAGCAGGCGUUUAUCCUGUUUGGGAAUGGCGAUGGCGGUGGUGGACCCACUCCGCCAAUGUUGGAAAAGCUUCGACGCGCGAGGGCCUUGGUGCAGUGUGGAGAGGCGACCUCGACCGAUAUCCCCUUGGUGAAGAUGGGCGGAAGCUUCGAUCGUUUCUUUGAGAGCGUGAAGAAGGAGACGAUGAACGGAACCAAGUUGCCGAAUUGGCACGGCGAACUGUAUUUCGAGCUUCAUCGUGGUACCUACACAACCCAAGCCCUUGUCAAACGAGGCAAUCGCAAGGGCGAACUGUUGCUGCGAGAAGUCGAAUACGCCGCGACGGUGGCGUCGUUGCGAGAACCUCAGUAUAGCUAUCCCAAGAAGGAACUCGACGAAGCUUGGGAAGAGCUACUUCUCUGCCAUGGAAUUCGCCUGAUUUACGACGACGUCUGGGCCAAGCAUCGCAAGGUCAUGGAAAUCGGCGCCAAGCUCCUCGAGACCGCCUAUCAAAUUUUGCAUCCUGGCACCUUGCCCGUUGCGGACGACGAUUACGUUCCCAUCUAUGACAGAGCCCAACUCGUCGUGGUCGACCCGCUGCGUAUCGCUCGCAGAGAACUGGUUUCGAUCAAGUGCGGCAACAAGGACGUGUUCAAAGCAGGCAAAGACACAACGUACAACGACAAGACGGCGACUGGCUAUCUCUUGUCCACGCCGAGAGGAUUUGAUAGGGGAACUCCAGGCAAUACCUGUGACGUCGCCACCACGCAGAACGACCCGAAGAGCUGCCGUGUCUCCAAUGCGCGCAUCAAGUUGGAGAUCAAGGACGGCCGCAUCGUCAGCCUGUUCGACGUCCGUCUGAAGCGCGAGCUCAUACCCGAGGGCCAGACCGGCGGAUUCAUCAUUUAUGAGGACCAACCGGCGAAUUGGGACGCAUGGGACGUCGACGUGUAUCACUUGGAAAAGUUUACCCGUCUCAGGUUUGACGAAAUUGCCAUCGUCGAGCAGGGACUGGCGCGAGUCUGUGUCGAAGGUCAGACGAGGUUCGGGUCUUCCAGGAUGACUGUCAAGAUCACCUUGGAUUCUGCUACUUAUUCGGCCAGAGAUGAAGGCCGAUCGCCUCUGCGCUUCGAUGUCAAGGUUGACUGGCGAGAGCGCCACAAGUUCCUCAAAUUCGAACUGCCUCUGGACAUUCAUUCGGACUUUGCAACGUAUCACACGCAGUUCGGGAUCGUCCGUCGACCUACGCAUAGGAAUACCAGUUGGGACGCUGCCAAAUUCGAAGUGUGCGGUCAUCAGUUCGCAGACCUCAGCGAAUACGGCUACGGCGUGGCCAUCCUGAACGAAUCCAAAUACGGCUAUGCGACCGCGGGCAACGUCAUGACCCUCUCCCUGCUUCGUGCGCCUACCAUGCCGGAUGCGGACGCCGACCAGGGAGAACACGCCUUUGCGUUUGCCAUCUAUCCGCACGUGGGCAACUUUGAGGAGAGCGACGUGUUCGAGGUGGCGGAGAUGUUUAAUUCGCCGUUGAGAGUUCGUUGGAAGAAAGUCCUCGACCCGAAACCCGCCGCCGACAAAUAUCAAGACCCUCAAAAGAAGUCCGACCUGAUCUCGUUCAGCCUCGAGGGCGCUCGAAACGUCGCACUCGAGACUAUCAAGCGGGGCGAGGACGAUUUCGACUUGACCGACGGCGACAAUGCUGGCAAUCAUGUUGGUGAUGGGGAUGGUCUGGGAGGGAAGAGGACGGUCAUCCUGAGGCUUUAUGAGAGGUUGGGAGGACACGCGUCGGUCAGGCUCAACGUAUUCGGCCUGAACAUCACCAAAGCAUCGGUGGUGGAUAUCCUCGAGAGACACGUCGCGGACCUCGACCUGGAGAAGAGGCUUUCGAACGUAUUGGGAGAGACGCUCGGACAGGAAGUGACGUACGUGGACCUGAAAUUCAGAGGCUUUGAGAUCAAGACGGUCAAGCUCGAGUUGAGCUGCAACGAUGGCAAGAAAGGGAGGAGCGAGAGUAUUGGCAGUGAGGAUUGGGUCAGGGUGGAUGGUGCGCUAGAAGCUUGA